CAUUACCUAUGGCGUAAUGAGUUUUGACAGACGACCACCUUUGACAUAACUGUGUCAAACAUCAAUUCUAUCGCAGUUAUAUCAUAAUUAUAUCAAGGUCAUAUGAUGGAGUUAUAUGUCGAUAUACUGAGCUGUAUUGCUAGUGUGCAGCAUUGUUUCUUCGUCGAUUAAUAAUUAGGUUGUAAUAAGAACGACCUAGGUUAAAAGCCAAGGAUAUCAACGACACUCACCUGGCUCUGGUCAAAGCAUCCUGAGCAACUCUCGAUAUUGGUUGCAGUUAUAACAUGUCCGCGACGGUCGUCCUCGGCUCCGGUAUUAUUGGUGUCUCGACAGCGUAUUAUCUCUCAAAACACCAGCCUCCCUCAUCCAUCCACCUCGUAGAGCCCUCGCCAGAACUCUUCGCGUCCGCCUCAGGGUACGCCGGCGGGUUCCUGGCAAAAGACUGGUUUCAGGCGGCUUCGGCCUCGCUCGGCGCCCUGAGCUUUGAUGAGCACCGCAAACUCGCGGAGAAAGGGGAUGGCGCCAGUAGGUGGGGUUAUACGAAGAGCACUUCGAUCAGUCUAAGUCCAGGGCCAAAAGAUGGCAAUAGGGUUGACGCCUGGUCUCGGGAGGGCACGAGUAGGACCGAGGCGGCUGGUGGUGACAGGAAGGAAUGUGUGGCUCCUCCCUGGUUGCGAAGGGGCGAGGGUGAUACUGUAGACAUGAUUGGUGAGGAGGGUACGGUCGCACAGGUGGAUCCAUUGCGAUUGUCACAGUCUCUCUUAAGUAAGUGCGUAGGAAUCGGUGUACAUCUGCAUCACCCGGCAAGGGCAACGUCCGUUCAGACAGAUAUGCGAAACGAGGUCUCGAGCAUUCGCAUAGAAGACGCGACGUCAGGCACGGAAACAGAUGUGCCUUGCACCACUAUCAUAAUAACGGCCGGUGCUUGGUCACCACAGGUUUUCAAGACGCUGUUCCCGACGUCUAAUUUGAACAUCCCAUUAUCGAGUUUAGCUGGAUACUCGUUGGUGGUCAAAUCACCACACUGGGUCAAAGAGCACGACGAGCAUGGCUGCCAUGCUAUUUUCAUGGCAAGCCAGUCAGGGUAUUCUCCGGAGGUCUUCUCGAGGAUAGGUGGGCAUAUAUACAUUGCAGGCUUGAACUCUGCUACUGAGCCUCUACCACCAUUGGCAACCGAUUCGAAGGGCAAGAUCUCCAAGUCGGCGAUCGAGCAGCUACUAGCAACAGCGAGAGAAGUGAUAGGCCAGGGAGAAGAAGAGCAUGACCUUGAGAUCGUGAAAGAAGGGCUUUGUUUCAGACCUGUAACGACUAGCGGAUUGCCCAUCAUCGGUAGGAUACCAGAUAAUGCACUGGGUGCGGGAAUGGCCACAAGACCCGGCGCAGAUGGAGGCGUGUAUUUGGCGGCUGGUCACGGGCCGUGGGGUAUAUCUUUGUGCCUAGGCACUGGAAAGGUGUUAGCUGAGAUGGUUCAAGGGAGGUCACUGAGUGCAGAUGUCUCAAGACUAGGAUUGAAUGGAUAUUAAUGGAGUAGUUGUGCACAUUAUACAGGUUGCAGAGUUACCCGAGAGGUGAUUACAUGACCUAAUUUUUACGCUG